GCAACACUGCUACAAUUACCACAGGCGAUACCGAUCGAGAACAACAGAUUUUGUACAGUUUUGGCGGUACGGCAGAAAGAUUCAACUGGUCCAGCGCUAGACGAACGUGAAUUAACGUGUUGUUUUGUGGAAGAAAAAGAAAUUUGCCCCGGUUCUAUGACUAUCGACAUGGAUGUGUUCCUGCAGAUACCGAAGCUGAACCUGGAAACGGUGAAAAUAUUUCUCGAGGAAAACAAACUGACCGAUGGCACGAUUAAGUUACACCGAACACGCAGUAUCGUACCGAGACAAGCAUAUGAAAACAUCACGGUAUCAAAGAUUGCGCUGGAAAACAGCACAGCCAGCGCCCUGGUUCAACGGACGUUGACGGCGGAAAUAAAGGAGGCACAGAAGCGGUUGAAACGGGCCAAGGUUCCGGAUAAAAAGCACACCAUUAUUUUGGAGUUUACUGGCGAACAGCAAAAUGUCAGUGCAGCCAGCUGCACAAAAUGCAGCCGAGAGAAAGAACCGUGCAGUGCAAUCGCGAGCUUCUUGUACUGGAUUCAGCACAAGCAACGGGAAACAACACCGGCUGACUAUAAGGAAAACAAUGAUUCGAAUAAUGAAGAACAUGCACUUAAAAAGAGAAAUAUGUUGAAACAGGAAUGUCAUGUGCUGGUGGCACGGUUGGACGCUAACCAAUACGUUGAGACAAAUCCGACCGCCCCAGCUGCCAGGCCCGUACUAAAGAAGAUCCCGGUCGAGAACGUUCCCUUUACGCUGGACCAGCUGGUAGAAGCUCGCAAGCUUUCAAUGCUUCACUUCAUCCGCGAGUUCGAGGGUGAUGACGUAGAUCAGUUUCUGAAAUUUUGUACCGCUGGUAUGAAGGCGGAGGUGUGCGAGUCCGUCGCACUGCUUACGCUCGGGCAGGCCGACACGGACCUGUGGCACGAGCUGCGUAUCGGACGCAUAACCGCUUCCCGCAUACAGGAAGCUGCCCGAUGCACAAUGCUGAACGGCUCGUUGCGGAACCGUAUUAUGGGCGUUUCGUCCGGAUUCUCUAUGGCCAUGAAACGUGGAACCGAUCUGGAAGGGCACGUGCUGGCCGAACUGCGCAAGGAAUAUCCCGAGCUGCGGGAUGCGGGACUGAUACUCGAUCCCACAUGCCCCUGGAUGGGUGCUUCGCCCGACGGUAUCUGUGACGAGUUUGUGCUAGAGAUCAAGUGUCCGUACACGCCCAAGACGCACGAGUGUUACGUCGAUGUGAAGAAACUUUCGUCCAAGUACUUCGGACAGAUACAGCUGCAGAUGCACGUUACGCACCGUAAGAAAGCGUUGCUGGCCGUGGCGGCACUCAAUUUCGAAACGACGAAGCAAAUAACGAAGGUGUGGAUUGAAUAUGAUGCACAGUACGUGAAGAACGUAAUGGCCGAUGCGUUCGAGUACUGGCGCAAAGCUAUAUUUACUGUGCUGCUGCGUAAGCGCAACGGCAAAAAGUGAUUGCAGUGAGUAGGUGAAUUUUCCUUUCUGUUUUUGAAUUGAUUUAGUAAAUCUUUAAUAUACGUUAAUACGUUUUGUUAGCUGUGAGACAGCCAUGAACUAAUUCAGGAUCUCGGUUUCAUGUAACGCCAGAGACAAUCUCAUUUGCGCCGAUGCCGAUUGUUUGUGUGAAUUGUUAUUUUUGUUAUUUUUUGUUUUUUGCAUGAAUCCUUUAAGAGUGCUGCAUUUGCAUUAUUACAGACAGUAAAGACAACUUGAAGUUUGCGUAACUUCAAUGAAUUAGCUCGUUUGUAUUAUUGUUUGCAUUAAAAUAAAGAACUGGUUGACGAUGAAAAUACUA